AUGCGGCUCUGGGCCGCGCUGGCGCUGGCGGCGGCGCUCGCCGCCGCCAAAAAAACCGAGAGCAGCCAGGACACGAAAUACGAAAUCGACAAGCUCCAGGCGCUCGUCGACAACAAGAAGACCCUCUUCGACAGCCUCGAGGCGACGCUCCGGAGAGCGAGCGAAUCCGACGGCGCCGCGGCCGAGGAAGCCAAACCGGACGCGGACUCCGACGCCGUCGUGGACAUCUCGUCGGACAAGCCGGGCGGCGAGGAGAAGAAAAAGAAGAAGAAGAAGGACGCGGACGCGGACGCGGCGGAGGCGGCCCCGGCGGCGGAGCCCGCGCCCGCGCCCGCGCCGGCGCCCGAGACGGACAAGCCCUCCAAAGAACCGACGAAGAAGCCCGUGGAGGCGCCGACGCAGAAGCCCACGCGGGCGCCGACGCCCAAGCCCGUGUCGCCGCCGCCGACGAGCACGCCCGUCGCCGCGAUCGGCGAGCAGGACGAGCCCGCGCCCGCGCCGGAGCCGGAGCCGGCUCCUGCGCCGAAGCCCGAGCCCGUCCCAGCCCCGGCGCCCGCCGAGGCGGAGCCGGCUCCCGCGCCGGCGCCGGAGCCGGCGCCCGCCGAGGCGGAGCCGGCUCCCGCGCCGGCGCCGGCCGACGACGACAAGCCCGUGCUCGACAUCGACCACUCCGGGGCGAAGGAGCGGGCGGCCGAGCCCGUGCCGGCGCCCGCGCCCGAGCCGGAGCCUGCGCCGGCCCCGGCACCCGAGCCGGAGCCGGAGCCUGCGCCGGCGCCGGCCCCGGCACCCGAGCCGGAGCCCGUGCCUGCGCCAGCGCCCGCCGAGGACCCCGCGCCGGCGCCCGCAGCGGAAGAGCCCGCACCGGCGCCCGCACAAGAAGAAGAGGAGGACUGCGAGGAGGACCAGCCCUGCCCCUGCGACGACGGCUACUGCAACGACCACGGCAAGUGCAUGAAGCGCAACGGCAUGAAGCGCUGCCGCUGCCAGGGCGUCUGGACCGGCGACACGUGCGAGGAGAACAUCUGCGCGGACGCGACGACCUGCGACGCGUGCCUCGCGAAGCGCGCGUCGUUGGCAGGCAGGGGCGGCGGCGGCCGCGGCGGCGGCGGCGGCCGCAAGCGCAAACGGCCCGGCGGCGGCCGCCGCACGUUAUUGCAGUACGGAAGUAGCGGCGGCGCCUACGACGGCCUCGAGGCGCCGCGGGGCGGCCGGCGCGGCCGCGGCCGGCGCCAGUUCGGCGGCGGGGACGGCUACGGCGGCGGGCGCCAGUUCGGCAGCGAAGACGGCUACGGCGGCGACAUGAACUAUGGGAGCUUCCAGCGGGGUUUACAACGAGGCGGCGCGGCGGAGCCCGUCUGCGCCUGGGUGAAUGAUGCGUGCGUCGACGCGGCGACGGCCAAUGGCGAGGGCGGCUCCUGUGCGAGAGAACCGGAGCCGGAGCCCGAAGAGCCAGCGCACGACGAGGCGCCGACGAGCACCGACGACCGGACCGACGACGCCGAGCCGGCGCCGGCGCCGGCGCCUGAAUCCGAAGCGGAGUCGGCGAUCCGCGACGCCGUCUCGGAGCCACGCGAGGCGCCGGCGCCGGCGCCGGCGGCGGAGGAGGACGACGAGGUCGUCGACGACGACUCGCACAUCCAGCCGUCGCCCGUGGAACGUAUUAGUGCCUUCUUCGGCUCCAUGACGGCGUCCGACGACGAUGGGCCCGCGGCGGAGGCCAAGCGCAUCUUUCCUCUGGUGAUUGUGGCGGUGCUCGCCGGGCUCCUCGUGGCCAUGUGCAAGAAGGUCGUCACGAAGGUCAAGGGCGCGUUCGGCGGCGGCGGGCCGGCCUACGCGAAGGUCCCGACGUCCGUCGAGCUGACUUCCACGCCAGACGUCGAGCGGGGCGAGGAGAAGAAGCCCCUCGUGGACGACGAUGAUGACGACGACGACGAUGAUGACGAUGACGCCUGGGGCGACAAGGAGGACGCGCCGCCGCCGCCGAAGGCCGCAAUCUCGCUCAAGAAGAGCCCGCCGCAGCCGCCGCAGAAGAAGGCCUCUCCCGCAAAACCGGAGAAGAAGGAGCCGUCGCCCGCGGAGAUCAGAAGAGAGGAGCGGCGCAAGGAGCUCGCGGCGAAGCGCGAGGCGCGCAAGGCCGCGCGCGCCUCCAAGCCGGCGGCGGCGCCGGGCCCGCCGCGGCCCGCCGAGGCGUCGACGCCCGCGAAGCGGCCGCCGCCCGCGCGCAAGCCGAGCGCCGACGGCGGCGACGACCCUUUUGCGAGCCUGGGCCUCGAGGCGAAGCCCAAGUUCGACGCGUCCGGCCGCGCGCUCUCGGCGCCGCGGCCGGCGCCCUCCUCGCAGUCGCGGCCGGCGGCGCCGCCGCGCCGCGCGCCGCCGCCGCGGCCGAAACCGCCGCCGCCGCGGGCCGCUCCCGCGCCGCCGCCGCCGCCGCCGCCCGCGGCCACGUCGCCGCCGCUCACGGACCUCACGGACGCGGCCGCCUGGGACGACGACGACGACCUCGACGACAUCCUCAACUCCUGAGUGUCGUUUGGUCCUCCUUUCCGCGCGUAACUUAGUUUCCGUCACUUCCGGGUCUUAAGGUUACGACGCGCGCGCCCUCCAGGCGCUCCCGCUCCUC